AUGGCGACUGUAGCACCUUCACCUUUGGCCAGCUCUCCAGAAAAGACAAAUGGAAACAAGCUGAGCAGACUUCUCAUUGAUGGCGGAACAACAGUGCUGAGGAAUGUUUUCGAUCAUUAUCACCCACCUGGCAACUUGGCUUCUGACCUCAACUCCAAUUACUCCAUACUUAACAAACUUUUGCGUAAAAGAGUACUAAAUGGGCAUCAGUGGGACAAAUUGUUUCCCCCUGGUGGAGGGGUACCAGACUCCAACACGUUUGACAUCACUCUUCUGUUCCUUCUACUAACCAACAUUUGUGGUUUAUCCCCUCCCCUGACAGGAUGGCACACCAAGCCAUCCCCUGGUGAUAACUCUCUUGAAGCUAACCUUGCUCGUGUUAAGUUCUUCCGGAAUGAGUUGUAUGGUCACGUGACUUCCACUGCUUUUGAUGCGGCAAUUUUCUCUUCCCUGUGGCAAGAAAUAAGUGCUGCUCUACUUUCUCUCGGUUUGGAUCAAGCUGAAAUUGACAGACUUAAGGCGGAGAGUGGUGGAGAGGAAGAUUAUCUUGAUGCCUUAUUUGAGUGGGCUGACAGUGAUGUGGAAAUAAAAACAGAGCUUAAGGAUAUCCGUCAAUCUCAAGCCAAAAUCCAGGAAGUACUGCAGCUCAAGGAAGACAGAAGAAAAGAAGACAAAGAAAAUGAAGUUCUGAAAAAACUGGCAGUUGUUGACACCAAGAAAGUCAUUCAAACUCACUUGGACAAGUAUCAAGAGGGAACCCGCAUUUCUGUCUUUGAGAAGAUCGAGUUGUGGCUAAACGACCGUACUUCUAAAAAUCGUGUCAUGGUAAUCAGUGGGGAUGCAGGAAUGGGCAAAUCAGUGAUUUCCGCUGUCGUUUGUCAAAGAAUGCGACAUGCUGGUCGGCUGACGGGAAGUCAUUUUUGUCAGCACAACAAGGCGCGUCCCAGAAAUCCUAAGAUAAUGCUUCAAUCGUUAGCUUAUCAGCUGAGUGAGUUUUUGCCUCCGUAUAAAAGAGAACUUGUAAAAGCACUGUCAAGAAAUUUGGGUGAAGAUAUCAACAACCUAGAGGUUGGAGAGGUCUUUGAAUUGCUGUUCGAGGAGCCUUUAAUAAAUAUAGAUGAUCCGGGAAGAAGCUUACUCAUGGUGAUUGAUGCCCUGGAUGAAAGUGAAUACAAAGGCCGCAAUGAGCUGCUUGAUGUCAUGGCUAAUCAGUUUCGUACACUUCCUGGUUGGGUUCGAUUUUGUGUUACAACUCGCCCGGAAAUAAAUAACGCAGACCAUCUUAAAAAGUUCAACCCUGUUCUACUGGAGCAAGAUGAUGAAGAAAAUGCAGGAGACAUCAGACUCUUUCUUGAAAGACAGCUGUGCAACGUCAUUCAAUCAAGCUUUCAAGAAGUUGUUAUCGAUGCACUGGUCCGAAAGGCUGCAGGGCAUUUUUUAUAUGCUUAUUUGAUGGUUGAUUUUAUCAAGGAAAACGUUUUACUCCUUACCCCCGAGGAGUUAGGAAGAAUCUUGCCUUCAGGUGUAUCGUCUGUUUAUCAGUCCUACUUUGAACGUUUAGAGAACGAAUUGAAAAUUGGUGAGGACCAGUUUUUGACUUUUCUUAGUGCUCUGGCGGCUGCAAGAGAACCACUUCCUCUAGACUUUGUUUCUAAGAUGUUGAUUGCGGACUCGAAGUCCCCAUCUAGUCAUCGGAAAGUAAGAAAAGCUAUCGAAUCUAUCUCAAUUCUUCUUCCUUGA